AUGCAAGCAGGAGAACGGCGCAGACAAUUGCGGGAAUGGUUUCGGAAUAAUUCUAAGGGAAAAACUACACCUGGCAGUAGCUCAACCGGUAAAGCCCUAUCUGCACUACUUGGCCAGCGUGCGCGAGGCACUCGAAACCUCAAAGAAGUUGAAGUGCUAAGCGCAGUCCGGCAACACACCACUGAUUGCUUUGCGGAUGAGUCGGACGAAGUUAAGAAGGAAAUUCGGGAGGAGACUGAUUCACGAACAAAAGAAGAAGUUUAUCACUACCACCACGGUAAAACUGCAGAUGGUCUGAGCUUCAAGGCAUGUACGCCAAACUUCCAUGAACAGUACCUAUCACCAUUUGAACGACACCUUGGAUGCAUCUAUGAGGACGAGUCAACCUCACCCCAUCUUCCACCUGGCCUGAUCUCAUUGGAGAACAAGUCCUUGGUCAUAAAUGUGCUUGAUCCCUCUCUGGACUUCAAUGCACUUGCAGGAACGAAAGAACAUGAUACACCAAUCACUGCUUGGAGAAAGUCGACAGCAUUUGAUGAAUACCUGCUAACUACAUCAUCCCCCACCUUUAAUCGCACUCAAUGGCCAGGUGUCAGCGUGGCGGAUCCAUCAGUCGAAGCUAUUCCUCCUCUCAUGUUUCAUCCGUUGUCAUCGUUUCACACCACCCUCUUGCCCCAGCCUGCUUCGCUCUUGGCUCAGCAAAUGAAUCAAUUUUCUGCACUUGAGGAGGUCAAUGGACUUUCCAUGGAACUGCAUGGCAAUCCAUUGCCAUUCAACCAACCAAUGUUCAAUUUGGGGCCGCACACACCCCCAGACGCCCAUAUUCCAUUGUCCUUGCUAAUGACUAUCACACCGUCACUCCUGUCUACAUCCACACCACCCGAGUCAAUUCAUUUCAAGUCUACCGAACAUCAACCCCUAUCAGCUCCUCAUCAACCAUUGUCCAUUGACUGGGCAUCUUCUGCGGCUUCUCGCCAGCUGUCACCUUGUGACAUCAGGGGAGUCUUGGCUGGUAAAACUCUCCAACCCAGUUUGGAGACAGGGACGGUGUCUUUGUUACCUGUUGUCUCUGCUGCCUCCAACAGACGCACCAAGCGCCCACCAUGUCCUUCUACGGGAGCUGCUGAAGCCAACAAAAUUGGUGUCAAGCAAGGAACAAAGCCUGCACCAAAGAGGAAGCAGACCGAAGUCCAGCGCAGUGUGUGGAAGCCCACAGAGGUGAUGGCCCUCAUCAACAAGGGCAUCCAGGAUGUAUGGAGUCGAGCCUUUGCGUUUUGA